CUGCACAUGGCUGCACACGUCCGCGCGUGCACGCGCCUCCACACAGCGGUGGCGGUGUUCGGUUGGUGCGCGGCGGUCCGCGCUCUCACCCCCCAGUCGUCGACGCGCACGCACCACAUAUCGGAUCGACGGCGCGGUCGCCGCAAACGGAGAAGCGCCGCGACCGGACUCCGGAGCCCCGCGGCCGGCCGGGAGGCGCUGCUCGGCGGGCAUGGCUUCGCCUCCGUGCGGCUACUCGGACUCCGGCCUGGAGAUCAAAACUCGCUCGGUGGAGCAGACGCUGAUCCCGCUGGUGUCUCAGAUCACGACGCUGAUCAACCACAAAGAUCGGCCCAAGAAGUCGGAGCGCACCGCGGCGGCCAUCCAGCGGGUGGGCCAGGCGGUCGGCGUGGCGGUGGGCCGCUUCGUCGCCGUCGGGGAGGCCAUCGCCCUGGAGAACCACGAACUCAAGGACGAGAUGGGACACGCCUGCUUCGAGGCGCGCCGUGCCGGGGACGCCAUUUCCCAGCUGACCGACGUGGGCCCGGCCCGCGCGCCCCCCUCGCCCUCGGCGACGGUGUUCGGCGACCGCGCCGGCAUGGUGAAGGCCGCCCGCCUGCUGCUGUCGUCCGUCACCAAAGUCCUGGUGCUGGCCGACCGCAUCGUCAUCAAGCAGAUCGUGGCGUCGCGCAACAAGGUCCUGGUGACUCUGGACCAUCUGGAACGCGUAAGCACCUUCCAGGAGUUUGUGCAGAUCUUCAGCCAGUUUGGCAACGAGAUGGUCGAUUUCGCCCACCUCACCGGAGACAGACAGAACGACUUGAAAGACGAGAAGAAAAAAGCCCGUAUGGCCGCGGCUCGGGCCGUGCUGGAGAAAUGCACCAUGAUGCUCCUGACGGCCUCCAAGAAUUUUGGUGCUCACAGACUUGCCUGAGGCACCCGGACUGCGAGUCUGCGCGCAUCAACAAGGACGCCGUCUUCCAGCGGAUGCGCUGCGCCCUGGAGCAGGUCGUGGACAUCGUGACGGAGGCUCACGGCUGCACGGGCAACAUCCUCCCCGCCAGCAUCUACAACGCCGUCAAGGACUACAAGACGAGCGUGGAGUGCCUGCGCGACGACCUGUACGCCUCGCUGCCGGACAGCGUGGGCCGCCAGCUGGAGGCGCUGGCGGAGCGCACAGAGGACUUCACCGACUCGCCGUACACGGGACACGAACAGCGCCAGGCCAUCCUGGGCAUGUGCCAGCUGGCCCGCCAGGACGCCCGCCAGCUGCUGCACGCCUGGACCCAGGCCCAGUCGGUCCAGGCCAAGGAGACCACAGAGGAGUUGGAGGUGGCCAUCGCCAAGUCGUGCCAGAGCGUCAACGAGCUCACGCGCGAGCUGCACAAGGCGGCGGCGGGCCGCGCCUCCGAGCUGCUGAGGGUCCACGCCGAGCACUCGCCGCUGCGCGCGCUCAAGGCCGCCGGCGCCGAGGGCGACCCGGAGGCGGUGGCGCAGUAUUCCCGAACGCUGACCGAGCAGAAGGACCAGCUGGUGGAGAACUGUCGGCUGCUGUGUCACGUGUCCGGGAACGAGCCGCUGGAGAUCACCUGUGUACACGCCGAGGAGACCUUUCACGUCAUUGGCCCGCAGAUCAUUUCGGCGGCGCAGACCCUGGCACUGCACCCGUCCAGCAAGAUCGCCAAGGAGAACCUGGAGGUGUUCUGCGAGGCUUGGGAGUCUCAGCUGGUCGACGUGGCGCUGCUGCUGCGCGAGAUCAACGACGUCGUCGAGGGAAAGCGAGGAGACAAACGAGCAUAUUUGUCACUUCCCAGAUCCGGAAAGCAUUCUGCUAACCUAAAGAGCGCCAAGCCCGUCAAGUUGGACGCUGAGGAGCAGAGCGGCGUGGCCAAAGCGGGUCUGGAGCUGCGGCUGCUGUCGUCCGACGUGGACGCCGAGCUGGAAAAGUGGGAGGAGCAAGAGCAGCGGGCGGUCCGCCACGGCCAGAGCGUCGCCAGCAUGGCCUACAACAUGUACCUCUUCACCAGAGGCGAGGGGCUGCUGAAGACCACACUCGAUCUGUUCCGUCAAGCUGAGGUUCUGUCUGAAGAAGGACUCCAGCUGUGCUCGUCGCUGCACGUUUUGUGCACGCAGCUGCUCAGUGAGGAGAAGCUGGCGCUGACGUCCGAGGUGGAGGCGCUGGCGGCCUUGUGUCAACAACUGCAAGCGGGGGCCCGGACCCCCGUGCAGGGCAAGAGCGCCACCUUCCAGAAGGUGGACUCGUCCAUUCAGACCACCAGGGCCGUGCUGACCCUCAUCCUCAAGCUCCUUCCGGCGUGUAACAAGCGCAACACAAAGACAGAUAUUAUGACAGACGUCCUCAUUUCGCAGUCCAAGUCCGAGCGGAGCGGCCUGGGCUCGCCGCAGGAUUGGCGGCCGGAUGCCCCCACGCCCGUCCGAGAUGGCGACGCCGACGCCCACCGCGACGACUUCGCCGUCGAGCCCUUCGAGCAGCACCUGUCCGGCCUCAGCCUGCUGGAGGGCAACUAACGGACGCGCCGGGCCGGGAAGGCCGUUAUUACCCCGACGAAGCCGCCCGAGUGGAAUCAAGAACUAAAGCGGCCCCCGGUGACAUCGACCAUGUUUGUUUUGUCUUGUACAAAUAUAGUGGAUAUCAAAAGUCUACACACCCCUGUUCAAAUGCACGCUUUUUGUGCUGUAAACAAAUGAGAUCAACAUACAAAAAAAAAAAAAAAAACAUUUUCAAGUCUUAAAUCAUAACUGAGAUUGCGUGCUUGCACAAGUGUGCACGCACCCUCUUACAAGUGGGGACGUGGCUUUCUUCAGAAUGAACCAAUCACAUUCAGACUCAUGACUGACUAGCACUGCCUGCUAUUUGGAACUGUUCACAAUUGCCUCCCCCUUGACUAAGGCCCCAGUUUCAGCGGAAGAAAAAAAAAAAAAAAAAAAAAAAAAACACACUUGAAAUCUCCCAAACGCAUGUGGGGAAACUGUGUGAUGGCAAACAAAAAUGUCAGAAAGCCUACUAGAACAUCUGAACUUCAUUUUGGGUUCAUCAGAGGUACUUUAAAUCCUGCCUCUCAUUUAACAUGAGUUGCAAUGUGAUUGGUUUAUUCUGAACACAGCCGCAUCCCAGUUUGUAACCAACUAACCAUCAGUAAGUAAUGAACUCACUCAGUACCAUAUAUAUUUUGUUUUUAUAUCACAAAAACCGAAUGUUUGAACAGGGGUGUGUAGACUUUUGAUAUCCACUGUGACGUUGCAUACCAGCUACGUGAUUGUCGUCGUGUCGUGAUGUGUCCAUUUUGCGCUACUGUUACACACUAUGUGCCAUAUAACUACUAAAAAAAAAAAAAAAUAAUCAUGUAAUUGCCAAAUAUGAUCAUACGAGUGAUUUGUAAGCAUUACGUGCCACGCACACUGACGAGUGUUCAAAUGUCGGAUGACGGUACUUGGAAGUGUACGCGCAUCAAUUUGUGUUGAGCUGCUGCUUUUUUUUUUUUGCAGCGAAGGAUGCUGGGAAAGUUCAGACGUGAAGAAAUCAUAGCUUUAGUUUUGGAUAUAAGAAGAAGAAAAAAAUGACACGAUGGCUAAAUAAUAAACUAUUUUUUAUUACGUCA